GAUUUUAAUUUUCUUUUUAAAAGUUUACUCUCACUAUAUAAAUCUUUAAUAAAUUUCAUGCUGGAAUCAACUUAUUUUCUUUCAAAUUUUCUGUGUGUUUUUAGUCGUUUUUCUCUCUGAAUUGUGCAUACUGAAUUUUAAUUGUGCGUGUGUGUGUAUUUUUGUUUUUUUUUUUCUUUCUAAUUUGAGAUUGGGUUUUGUGGUGUUUGGGUUGCUGAUACCAAAAUUUUGAAUAAAAGAAUUGUUCAAAUUUAUCAUAAUUUGUUAAAUCCCUUAGUAUCAAGAUUUAUGGCUGAGUGUUUGUGUUUAUAGAAAUUAGACUUUCCUUAAAUGAUUUUUAAGGUUUUUAUAGGUUCAGAUUUUCGAAAAUUUAAUCAAUAGUUAUACUUAAUUGGUUUUCUAAUUACAUUUUCAAGGCUUAUGUUAGGGACUUUUUUUCUAUUAUUAUUUUGUUUUGUGGUUGUUUCUGCCUAGUUUGUUUUACCAUUUGAUUUAUUUGUUGAAGAGAUAAAAAUUCUGCUAUAUCAGAUUAUCAGUUAGCUUUUAUGUUUGUCUUAGAUGAAUUUAGAAAUAAGAGUAGCAAAUUUAGUUAACAAGAAAGGACACUUGUAGUAGCCACUUAUGUCUUACCUAAAUUCGAAACAGACUACAAAUAUGGGACAUGGAAAGUCGAACAAUGUAGAUAAGAUACCCACCUUCAGUCCCCAAUUACAAAACACUGAAGAAAUUGGAUUCCAAAGUUUGAGUAAUGAAGCGGUCUGCUUUGCUGGGCUAACUGGUGUUGAAACUGUUGAUGCACCCUUAAAUGAGUUAUCACACUUUCCUUCUUCUCAUUUGGGAGACAUGUCAUUAAAGGGUAUUGAUUGGAUGAUUCAUGGCUCCCAACUUGACAGCUAUCAAAAUUUCAUGGUUCACCCUCAUGUUAUGAACGGGACUGGAUAUGUGCCUUCCCAAUAUUCAACUCUUGAAAAUAUAGCCUCUAAUACUGGAGGUUUACAAAUGGGCAUGCAAGGUGCCAAAGUGUACAAUAGUAAGCCCCAAUCAAUUGGAAACUUCAUGAGCUGUGGAAGCAGGGCACCUUUGUUAUGUGGUGCUCAAGAUGGUAGGGAAAUGGGGAGUAAUAACAAUUUGGUGGACUGUGUGGUUCAAUCUGAUUACCCAGAAACACUAGAUGGGAGUUUUCUGACUCUAGGAGUUGGAGUUAAUACAGAGUCCAGGUCAAAAGCUAAUGCUUUGAGCAGAGAUUUCAUUGGUAAAAUAGAUGGGGCUAUAAAAAUGCAGUUAAAUCCAUCCCAUGUGCAAAGUGGUUAUGAAAGUUCAUUCUCUCCUGAUUUUAGAAUGGCAGUUGCUCUAUCUGAUAAUCAAACCUAUGCUGGUGGAUUUUCUAGCAUAGAAGAGAACGCAGUUGGAUUAUCCUCUCUAAAGCAUAAUUUAGAUGGACUUCACAGCAUAGUGCAGAAUGCAGGUGAAUCAUCCAAUGUGAGUGCAUUUGCUGGUACAGUGCAGAAUGCAGGUGAAUCAUCUAAUGUGAGUGCAUUUGCUGGUCCAGUGCAGAAUGUAGACAGUUGCUCCCUUUCGGAAUAUCAUCUUGGAGUUUCUGAUAGUACUAGCUCCAACUUUAGUUUAAGUACAUCGCAAAUGUUACCAAUGCCCCAAAGCCACGUUUCACAUCCUCUUCUUACACCAGAUGAUCAGAAAUUUUGUACUGGAUUUGCAAAUAUUGAUCCAUUUCAUGGUCUUUCUGGUGUAUCUCCAAACAUAGUGCAUAUUAGCAGCCAAUCUGGACUGCCUCCUAAUCAAAGCUUUCUUGGUCUUCCUGGUGGAUCUCCAAUAGUGCAUGGUAGUAGCCAAUUUGGACUGCCUCCUAAUGAAGGGUUUCAUAGUCUUUGUUGUGAAUCACAAAUAGUGCAUAGUAGCAGGCAAUCUGGACUGCCUGUUCAAGCACAGCACAGAAUGGCUCCCUGGCCUUCAUUGUCUUCUUACAUGACAAGCAAAUAUGCUACAUUGGCCUCUGAUCAGCUACAAAAAUGCAAUAUGGGAAGUAUACCUUGCUUCCAGUGGGGUACAUCUGUGGCUUCUCCUGUUCUUGGAAACAUUGAAAGCACCAGCAACCAGUAUCAGUCAGCUGUAUGGCAACAUUAUCCAGCUCACCACGGUGGUGCUAAUCAAACUGUGGAAAAUGCCCCAUUUUCAAAGAGGAUAGAAGAUUGUCUGACUCAAAUAAAAUUUUUCCCUUUUGGGACUGCUGCUUUCACGAGGUCAAAUCAUGUUGAUCAGCUUUUUGCCUGUGAUGGAGGUGCUUCUCAAGUUUCCACCACCAUUCCAUUUUCCAAGAAUUCUGGUAAUAAGCUUUCUGCUAGUGAUGGAACUGCUGCUGAAGUUGUUAGCAUUACUCCAUCUUUUAAGAAUAUUGGGGUUCAACCAUCAAGUACAGGUCAAGUAAUUUCAUUUUCAAGGGAAAGUGGACCUGCUAACCUUCUUGCUGGACCAUCUCGCAAGAGGAAAGCAGCCCAAUCCCCUCCAGCUACUCCUCAGGUUCAAAUAAAGAAGACUAGAUCAGCAAAGCCUUCCAUUCGUUCAUCUACCUUAUACAGGGCCCGAGAUGCUCCUUUUGUUUCUCCUCUCCCACCAGUAGUAUCCCAAGGUGCACCUGUUCCAUCACUAACUCAAUCCACAUCUACUGUUCCACCUGUAAAACUGACUGCUCGUCCUCUCCCACCUUUAGCUUAUAAAGGUCCUUCUCUCCCAUCAUUGUCCCAGGUCACUCCUGCUUAUGCGCCACUGACACGGACUGCUCCUGUCCCUCCCUCAGCUAGGAUGUCUCAUCCUCCCCGUAUAAAAUGGCAAGAUCCAGAACUUCUUCAACUAAGUGGACAUAAUUGUUUGUUGUGCAAGAGGGAUCUUUCAUACGCACCAGAAGGCCCUGUUUUCCAGCCAGCUCUUCCACCUCCUGUUGCUGUUUUGUCAUGUGGUCACUGCUUUCACGAUCUCUGCUUGGAGCGAAUCACCCCUAAAGAUGAAGCUGAUAACCCACCUUGCAUUCCUUGUGUGAUCAGUGAGAGCUAACUUAUGCUCAAUCAUUUACUUAGUGCAUUAACCUCUCUUAAUCUCUAAGUUUUGGCAAUAUCUGUUAGAAUUGUAGGAAAAUGAAAUAGCAUUUGUCAAGAAAGGGCCAGUACUUAAAAAUUUUCAUGGAAAUUGUACAUAGCAGGUUACAACAAUUGAUUCAAUAGACUGCAUAGCUCCUGGUCAUUUUGAAGUGUAUAUAAAAGGUGUCAUCUCGUCAUUAACAAAGCAUUUCCAUUUCGCAUUGGUUGAGAAAUUAACCAUUUCAAUGGCUGAAAUUGCCUCCA